AUGUCGAGGUCACCCAACCCGUCAUCCACCCUCACCGGGCGCGUGGAAGGACAGACGGCACAUACUGAAGUAAUUCUCCGCAGCCGAAGGAUUCCAUGUUGCACCGCGGCUGCUACCUGGGUUGGUCGUGUGACGAACGUUGGAGUUAUCAGACAGACCAGAGAAACCGUUGCUCGUCCCGGAUUCAGCAUUGUUGGGCAUCCCACGAAUGCCAUGUACUUGCCCAUCAACUACCUAAGUAAGUAGGUGUGCUCAAGCCAGGCCAAACGGAAGAAAGCGUGGACCCAGCGCUGAGGGACAAGCUAAUAUGGUACGAUGCAUUGACCGGUAGUCCCUUACUGGAUAUUGCAACUGACAGGGAACGCUUGGAGAGCCCUCUGA